GAGAGUCUCGAAAACGACUGUUGUGAGUUGAGGAGUUCGCUAAGGAUUUGGAAGCACUUUUUUCGGUUUUGGAUUUCGAAAACGACUACAACGACUGACCAUAAUCUGAUUACACUCACGUUGCAUCCGGGGGUUCCACGUGGUGCCGGUGGUGGUCAUCUGUCGGAUUCGGUCGGUAGUCUUUUCGCUGGAAGGAUCAGCUGCUUGCAAAGCAAAAGGAUUACUGGGAGGAGGAAAAAAAAAGGAUUAAGGGGAAGUUCGUGUGCGCAACUUCUUGGGUGCGGCGUGCAAAAUUUAAUUGAAUAUGUGUGUUGAAGGUGGGGCAGCCACCCCGCAAGCCUCGUAUCAGUGCAUGAGAUCGUGAAGCUUUUCCGUCUGUUUUUUUGUUCCUUGUGGUGCUUUCUUGGGCUAGGGGUGGCAUGCCCAAGCCGGAGCUCUCGUCGGAAAGCUCGAAGCUGCUGGUGCGAUGAAGUUGAAUGUGUUUGCAUGGGCGGAAUUUGUAAUGUGCUUAAUGGUUUCACGAGCUUUGGCCGCCGCACCACCUUUGAAGUUCAAGUUUUGGCCCAAAGUGUUGUACUUGACGACGUCAACGAUUACGACUACAAGGACAACGCAAGGAUACUCCGCGUCGCCGCCGCUACCCCUCCUCCAGGACUGGUGACUAACCGUCCUGCUACUGCUGCUGUACUUUUGCUGCCAUCAUCACGUUCAGCGUUCGGAAGUGAUGGUAGAUCCACUCAAGAUCUUCUGGGUACUCACAAACAGCACGUAUCUAGUUACCAAGUUUAUCCGUAUUGGCAUCGCCGACAAGAAUGACAACCCACCGUACUUCGACAAGGCCCUGUACGAGGCGGAGGUCGACGAGAACGAGGACAUCCAGCACACCGUACUCACCGUCACCGCCAAGGAUCACGAUGAGUCCUCGCGUAUUCGAUAUGAGAUCACGAGCGGUAACAUAGGCGGUGCCUUUGCGGUGAAAAACAUGACGGGCGCGAUCUACGUCGCCGGGGCCCUGGAUUACGAGACCAGAAAGCGAUACGAACUCCGGCUGGCCGCGUCCGAUAACCUGAAGGAAAACUACACCACCGUGGUGAUCCACGUCAAGGACGUCAACGACAACCCGCCCGUGUUCGAGCGGCCCACGUACCGCACCCAGAUUACCGAGGAGGACGACCGGAAUCUGCCCAAGCGCGUCCUGCAGGUGACGGCCACCGACGGCGAUAAGGAUCGGCCCCAGAACAUCGUGUACUUCCUCACCGGGCAGGGUAUCGACCCGGACAACCCGGCCAACAGCAAGUUCGACAUCAACCGGACCACCGGCGAGAUCUUCGUGCUCAAGCCCCUCGAUCGCGAUCAACCCAACGGUCGGCCCCAGUGGCGCUUCACCGUGUUCGCCCAGGACGAGGGCGGCGAAGGGUUGGUCGGGUACGCCGACGUGCAGGUCAACCUGAAGGACAUCAACGACAACGCGCCAAUCUUCCCCCAGGGUGUUUACUUUGGCAACGUGACGGAAAAUGGAACCGCCGGCAUGGUGGUGAUGACCAUGACCGCCGUGGACUACGACGAUCCGAAUGAGGGUACGAACGCGAAGCUGAUCUACUCGAUCGAGAAGAACGUGAUCGAGGAGGAGACGGGCUCGCCGAUCUUCGAGAUCGAGGCGGACACCGGUGUGAUCAAGACGGCCGUGUGCUGUCUGGAUCGCGAGCGCACCCCGGACUACUCUAUACAGGUCGUGGCGAUGGAUGGAGGGGGGCUCAAAGGGACCGGGACGGCCUCUAUACGCGUCAAGGAUAUAAACGAUAUGCCGCCGCAGUUUACCAAGGACGAGUGGUUUACGGAGGUUGACGAGACGGACGGGACGAACCUGCCGGAGAUGCCGAUCCUGACGGUGACAGUGCACGAUGAGGAUGAGACGAACAAGUUCCAGUACAAGGUGAUCGAUAACAGUGGGUAUGGCGCGGAUAAGUUUACCAUGGUGAGGAACAACGACGGAACGGGCAGUUUGAAGAUCGUUCAGCCGCUGGAUUACGAGGAUCAGCUGCAGAGCAAUGGAUUCCGGUUCCGUAUUCAGGUGAACGACAAGGGCGAAGACAAUGACAAUGACAAGUAUCACGUGGCUUACUCGUGGGUUGUGGUUAAACUGCGCGACAUUAACGACAACAAACCACAGUUUGAGCGGCCGAACAUUGAAGUUUCGGUGUACGAAAACGCUGACGUUGGUAAGACGUUGGAGACGUUCAAGGCUACCGACCCAGAUCAGGGCGGUAAGAGCAAGGUAUCGUACGCGAUCGACCGAUCGUCCGAUCGGCAGCGACAAUUCUCGAUCAACCAGGAAGGAACUGUGACGAUCCAGCGACAACUCGAUCGCGAAGUGACGCCUCGUCACCAGGUCAAGAUCCUGGCGAUCGAUGACGGAAUCCCACCGAAAACCGCAACCGCGACGCUGACCGUGAUCGUGCAGGACAUCAACGACAAUCCGCCCAAGUUCCUGAAGGAUUACCGACCGGUGCUGCCGGAGCACGUGCCACCGCGUAAGGUCGUGGAGAUCCUCGCCACCGACGAUGACGAUCGUUCAAAGAGCAACGGACCACCGUUCCAGUUCCGACUGGACCCCGGAGCGGACGACAUCAUCCGAGCGUCGUUCAAAGUCGAACAGGACCAGAAGGGUGCCAACGGUGACGGAAUGGCGAUCGUGUCUUCGCUGCGAUCGUUCGAUCGCGAACAACAGAAAGAGUACCUGAUUCCGAUCGUAAUCAAAGAUCACGGAAAUCCGGCCAUGACGGGCACGAGUACACUUACCGUAGUGAUAGGAGAUGUGAAUGACAAUAAAAUGCAACCCGGCUCGAAGGAGAUCUUUGUGUACAACUACUUGGGUCAGGCGCCGGACACGCAGAUAGGACGGGUGUACGUGUACGAUCUGGACGAUUGGGAUCUGCCCGACAAGAAGUUCCACUGGGAGACGAACCACGAGCACCCGCGGUUCAAGCUGGACGAGGACAACGGUAUGAUAACGAUGCGAACGGGAACAAAGGACGGCAGGUAUCACCUGAGGUUCAAGGUGUACGAUCGGAAGCAUACGCAGUCGGAUGUGCAGGCGAACGUGACGGUCACGGUGCGGGAGAUUCCACACGACGCGGUCACCAACAGCGGGUCGAUCCGGAUAGCGGGCAUUACGGACGAGGACUUUAUUCGGGUGUGGAACUACAGGACGCAGAGCCUGUCGCGGAGCAAGCUGGAUCGGUUCAAGGACAAGCUGGCGGAUCUGCUGAACACGGAUCGUGAGAAUGUGGAUGUGUUCAGCGUACAGCUGAGACGGAAGCACCCCCCGCUAACGGACGUGAGGUUCUCGGCGCACGGAUCGCCGUACUACAAGCCGGUGAGGCUGAACGGAAUCGUGCUGAUGCACCGGGAGGAGAUCGAGAAGGAUGUUGGGGUGAACAUUACGAUGGUUGGCAUUGACGAGUGUUUGUACGAGAAUCAGAUGUGCGAGGGGUCGUGUACGAACACGCUGGACAUCAGUUCGCUGCCGUACAUGGUGAACGCGAACAAGACUUCGCUGGUGGGAGUUCGGGUGGAUGUGUUGGCGGAGUGUACGUGCGGAGCGAGGAACUUUAGCAAGGCGGAGUCGUGUCGAUCGUCACCGUGCUUCAACGGAGGACGCUGCAUGGAGACGAGGUACGGACUGUCGUGUUCGUGUCCAACCGGAUACACUGGGCCACGGUGUCAACAGACGACGCGAAGCUUCCGCGGUAACGGUUGGGCGUGGUAUCCACCGCUGGACAUGUGCGACGAUAGUCAUUUGAGCUUUGAGUUCAUCACGAGGAAGUCCGAUGGUCUGCUGUUGUAUAACGGACCGAUCGUGCCUCCAGAGCGGGACGAGCUGCUGGUGUCGGACUUUAUUUCCGUCGAGUUGGAGAGAGGUUACCCAAGACUGCUGAUUGACUUUGGCUCCGGCACGCUGGAGCUGCGGGUCAAAACGAAGAAGAGCCUGGACGAUGGCGAGUGGCAUCGGUUGGACAUCUUCUGGGACACGGAGAACGUCCGGAUGGUUGUGGACUACUGCAAGUCGGCGGAGGUCAACGAAAACGAAGACGGAUCACCUCCGGAAUUUGACGAUUCGACUUGUCAAGCGCGGGGAACAAUCCCACCGUUCAACGAGUACUUGAACGUAAACGCACCGCUGCAGAUCGGUGGAUUCUACCGGGAACAGUUUGAUCCGACGCACUACCGAUGGAACUACAUGCCGAUGGGCAAGGGCUUCGACGGUUGCAUCAAGAACCUGGUGCACAACAGCAAGCUGUACGAUUUGGCCCAUCCGGGACUGUCGAGGAACAGCGUUGCCGGUUGUCCCCAGACGGAAGAGGUGUGCAGCCAGAGUGAGCAGACUUCGCGCUGCUGGGAGCACGGAAACUGCGUGGGAAGCUUCACGGAAGCACGGUGUCAGUGCCGACCGGGCUGGACGGGCCCAGCGUGUAACAUCCCAACGAUCCCAACCACGUUCAAGCAGCAGUCCUACGUCAAGUACGCGCUGAGCUUCGAGCCGGAUCGGUUCAGCACGCAGAUUCAGCUGAGGUUCAGGACGCGCGAGCAGCACGGAGAACUGUUCCGAGUGAGCGAUCAGCACAACCGUGAGUACGGCAUCCUGGAGAUUAAGGACGCACGAUUACGGUUCCGGUACAAUCUGAACUCGCUGCGCACGGAAGAGCGGGACAUUUGGCUGAACGCGAUCGGCGUUGAUGACGGGCAGUGGCACGUGGUGCGGGUCAACCGACACGGGUCGGCCGCUACGCUGGAGCUUGAUGGUGGUGAGGGCCGUCGGUACAACGAGACGUUCACCUUCGACGGACACCAGUGGCUGCUGGUGGACAAGCAGGAGGGCGUCUACGCGGGCGGUAAGGCGGAGUACACGGGCGUGCGAACGUUCGAGGUGUACGCCGACUACCAGAAGAGCUGUUUGGAUGAUAUUAGACUCGAGGGUAAACACUUGCCCCUGCCACCGGCCAUGAACGGCACCCAGUGGGGUCAGGCCACCAUGGCGCGGAACCUGGAGCGCAACUGUCCGUCCAACAAGCCGUGCGCCAACGUCAUCUGUCCCGAUCCGUUCGAGUGUGUGGACCUGUGGAACGAGUACGAGUGCACUUGCGGCGAGGGUCGCGUCAUGUCGCCGGACGGCAAGGGCUGCAUGGAUCGGAACGAGUGUCUCGAUCUGCCCUGCCUCAAUGGGGGCGUCUGCGUCAACCAGGAGCCCAAGCUGCGCUACCGGUGCGACUGCCCGGACGGCUUCUGGGGCGAAAACUGCGAGCUCAUCCAGGAGGGCCAAACGCUGAAGCUGAGCAUGGGCGCGCUGGCCGCCAUCCUCGUCUGUCUGCUAAUCAUCCUGAUCCUAGUCCUGGUGUUCGUGGUGUACAACCGGCGGCGCGAGUCCCACAUCAAGUACCCGGGCCCGGACGACGACGUGCGGGAAAACAUCAUCAACUACGACGACGAGGGCGGCGGUGAGGACGACAUGACCGCGUACGACAUCACCCCGUUGCAGAUCCCGAUCGGACCGAUGCCGGAGCUGACGCAGUGCAAGAUGCCACCGCUGAUGUACCCCGUGAUGACGAUGGGACCGGGCCACGAACCCAACGUCGGAAUGUUCAUCGAGGAGCACAAGAAGCGGGCGGACAGCGAUCCGAACGCACCGCCGUUUGACGACCUGCGGAACUACGCGUACGAGGGCGGUGGCAGUACGGCCGGAUCGCUCAGCUCGCUGCAGUCGGGUACCGACGACGAGGUGCAGGAGUUUGACUACCUGGACGCGUGGGGCCCCCGGUUCGACAAGCUGGCCAACAUGUACGGCGAGCACCACCCGACGGAUCUGGACGAGCUGAACUAAGCGCGCCUCCAACCCCCCACACGAGAAAAAAAGCCACAACAACAACAACAGUAUCAUCAUCAUUAACCUCCCUCGCUGCCACGUGGACAACAAACAACAACAGGUUAGCAUCAAACGAGAGAGAGAGAGAGAGGGCUUUAGUUGUUCAGUUUUUUUUUUGUAACGGAGAAAGAGAAAGCAAAACAAAAAAAUGUGUGGGAGAGGGAAGUCGGGGAAAAGCUAAACCAAAGUUUAAUUAUUAAUGUUGAGUGGUGGUGGUGACUCACUCACUCACUCACACAACCAAACGCACGGAACUGGUAUCCCCUCUACACUGUGAGAAGAAGAGAGCGAAAGAGAGAGAGAGAGAGAGAAACGAUGGAUGACAGAUCGCUCACUUUGAGAGCGAUGUAAUUAUGAUUCAUCAAACUAAGUACCGAAUAUCAACGAGUUUUUAAUGAGUGAAGUUCUCGGUCGAAUUCUGGUUCAGUGGAAUUUACACGAGACAAAAACAAAACACAAACACACAUAUACACUCCGACAAGUAUACAAACAACAGUUGAACCGGGACUCUCACUCACACACGUUUAAAGGUUAAGAUUUUUUAAGUUUAUUUAUUCAAAACAAUCGAAACAAGAGAGAGAGGGAGAGCAAUCGAAGUACCUUCCAGCCAGUCAGAUUUUUGUUUUGCUUAAAAUUUUAAACGCAAAUUAGCAAUUUUGUUACUUUAGUUUGUUAAGAAAGACACACGAAUCAUUCGUUUUUAUCUUGAUUUAAUAGCAUUAGCCAGCAGAAAACAAAAAGCCACUGUUCCUGUUUUUUGUCUUAAGUAAGUGUAAACAAAGGGUUUUUUAGUAGGAAAAACUGUGACACACGAUUGUUUUUAUAAAACAUAGUAGGCUGAUGAGGGGUCACUCACAACGCAAACACUCUCACCAACACUCACACACGACAAAAACAACAACAACAUCCACUCACUGAACACUUUUUAGUACGAAUACAACUUUUACAUGGCCAUCUACGAUCUACACGACGCGGCGGGAGAAUAACGAGAACAUCGCAAACUAGUUUGUAACUAAACUAAAAAGAGAAAUAAGUGUAUUUAGAAACAGCAGAAAAACACACACUCACACACAUGAAAUUUAAGCUAAGUAAAUCAAAUAUACUGAUCGUGCGAGAAAAUCAAGCAUAACAAUUCCGAAAGGCCGAAACUGAGAAAUUUGGAGAGCGAAAAGUGGUUGAAAAUCAGUCAUAAUCCGUGGAGAGAGGAGAGAACACGUGAGUGUUUUAAGGUAAUUUAUUUAUGUCGUAAGGAAAACUAAUAUUAAAAAAAAAAAAACAAAAGAGAAAAUGAUAUUGUACAUCCAAAGACUGUAACGUUUGUUCGUAUAUAACUUUUCGUUUUUACUUAUGAUUUUUCGAGUAUUUAAGUAACUAGAAAUCGCAGCAGCAAGCCGAAGCAAACUGAAUUUAAGGAGUUCGGUGCAGGCUGCUUACUCUCUUACUAAACAGACACACGGAGAGAAAGAGUGGGAGUGUAAACAGAAUCUUUUUUAAAAGAAACGCCAUCCCGAAAGAUAACACAAACUCACAGACUAACUUUCCCCCUCUCCUAAACAGAGAUGAUAUGUUAACUAUUUCUCAUCGCAAACCACACACAAACACAAAACGGUUAGGUUUCUUCUUUGUUGAUACAGGAAAUAGACAAACAUACUCACGAUAUGAAAAUCCCCCCUUUUCAUCCAAUCAUCCGGAAGUUCCCCCCUCCAAAAGUAGUGUAACGAUUUACAAAUUUGCGGAAACGCCUUCCGGAAGGUUUUAUGACCUUUUGAAAAGGAUACCCCGACACAAGCACACACUCAGCCACAUUCACUCCACACUUUUACACUAACACACGUGCGAAACGACGUGAGAGAUGAGGAGAAAAAGAAAACGAAAAAAACAAACUGAAUCUGUAUUAUUAAACAAUAUUAUUACUAACUUAGGUGAAGAAACAACAAACAAAAAAACGAUAUUACUUAGUACGCUCAUUAUUCUAGAACGUUAUUUAAUCAAAGCCAUGACAACAAACACACUCACACAUUGACAAUUCGAAAAUGGUACCCAUUUUUAACCCGUUGCACACCCACACACUCACACCCCAAAAAUUGGACAUUGUUUUGUUUACCCUUUUGCGAGUCGCUAGUUGAAAUCGGAACCGUUCUUUUUUAGUACAGUUUAGUACAUUGAAAUCGACAUCAUCAUCGAAAAAGAGGCACGCUUGCGUCAAUUCACCCAGCUGUGGGAUUUCACCCAAAGUUGGGUGAACUGAGGUGAGCGUGCACCCACGCUCUCACCAAUCCACACUCACUCACCAACACAACCACAUUUACACGCGCGCAUUCCCUUCGACGGUCGAAGCUCACACUAAUACAUCUAACCACGCGAGAGUAUGUGCGAGAGGAAAUUCAUGCACGCUUAUUAGAGAAGCUCUAAAUUUUGGGUUACUUUUACCCACGAAAUAACAACAAAAGAAGACCUGCUAAAAAAAUGUUUUAAAUUUAGGUUAGUUUUGCUCAAUCUUGAGUGAAGCUAGCCUAUUCUAAGUCACAUAAAAACACUCAUAUUUCUUUAAAACAAAAUUUACUAAAAUUUUAACAGGUUUUAUCACAAAUUUAGGUAAUUUUCUCUCACAUCAGUUUUGAUAAAAAAAAUUAUAAGAAUAGAAUUUGAUUUCUUCAAAACAAAGCUUACUCACGUUUGAGUAGGUCAAGCGAUUUGCGAAUAUGGGUUAUUUUCUCGCAAAUCUUGAUGAAAAUAGCCUGAAGUUGGACAACCUUUCUCAAUCCUAAGUGAGAUUUGUUUCGAAGAAAUCUUUGGGAAUUUGUUUGAGUGUAAACAAUUGGUAAGCUUUACUUCAAAAAUGGAUAAAAAAUAACCCAAAAUUUGGCGUUCUUCGAACGAGCGCGUACACACUUAAAUGAAAAUUGAGAAUCACACAUCGCGCGACCUAAGAACUCGUUAGUUAAUUGAAAUCUAUCUUUUUUAAAAUAAAGGAAAAAAAAGUCAACUGAAACUGCGCAUAAACUAAUAAAACAAAAAAAAAUACUGGACACCUUUGAGCCGCCGGCAGAAGAUGGUUAAUUCUACUCGUAAGAAAAAAAACAAAAAAAUAGCACUAAAUUCCCCUUAAAUGGCGACUCACAUAAUUCAGAGAGAGAGCGGUGGACGAAAAAACGACACAUUUUAGAUGAAAUUCAACCGAAAUCGCAGAAGAAGCAAAAAAAAUCUGGUGUUGCAUCAAUAGAGAAAAAAAAAGAAGCAGAAAACCGUGAAAAACUACCAAAAUCCUAGUGUAAAUAUAGUGUUGUAAUAAGAAUAAGCAAAUUAAGGGAAAAAAACAUGGCAUAGAAAGAAGCAUUGUCGUACUAGAAAAAAGGGGGCUUUCAAUAAACAAAGUAAACAAAAAAACAAGUUUUUUCUAACCCGACAACUGUGAGGAAUAAGAAAUGGAAAGAAGCAAAAAGUGCAGCAGAUUUAUGAAUGAAGUAAACAAUGUUACUUAGAGAAAAUUUUAGACAAACAACACACUGUCACACACAUACAUUGGAAACACUCACUCACACAGUCACACACAAACAUUAUACAAACAACAACAAAAUCGACGACGUUCAAUUAUGGUUAGAACAAAAAAAACAUCAAGAGGAAGAAAAAAAAAUGCUAAACAAAAAAAAAAGGAGAAAGUCACUGAAAUAAAUCUGAAUGAAUGAUACAGAAAUGUGCUGGUUGAAAAA